CGUGGAAACUUAUGUAGGAAGUUGUAACAACUUGCAUGCAGACAUGCCCAGGGUCUGCUACACUGACUUGUACUAUCCUGCACCGAUAAGGUACUAGUACUCGAGGUUCAGUUUAGUAUAUGAGUCGAACUGUCGAACCGAAUCGUAUAUGUUCGAAUCAAGAGGAAUCACCACUUACUGGUACCAAUCCAUACCACCCGGUCCUACGUGGUACCAUGGUUGGGAGAGAAAAAAAGUUGGGAGUUUGUCUUAAUACAGGGGUAUAUAAUACCAUGCUGACCAUAUAACACUAAGUCGGUAACGUACCGAUGCGGUUCCAAGUCCAGAUUGUAUACCUUGGACAUGACACUAUCAUGUAAUAUGAUUCUUGUUUGUUCGAAAUCUAUUAUUAAGCUUUCUGUUUUGCACCUCCUUGAGUCAAAUUAACCUUAGUAGAAGCCUUUUCUAUGGUCAUUACCCUUCUCUCGUACUACUUCUGGAAUUAAUUUUUAUGACACAUGCUACCAAUAAUAACUAGAACUCUAUGAAUAACUUGAACUAUGCAUUUCAUUUCUUGAUGACCAAGAAGACACCACAAACACAUGAGAAUUAGUUUCAAGGUUCAUGGCUAUUUAAAUGACAUUAAGUUUUCAUAGAACGCCAUUAGGACAUGAGCUUUUAGAAUAACUAUCCGCCCUCCACCCGACCCACCUACCACCCUUUUUUUUCUUUGUCCCAGCAACAUAUUAACAUUAUUUUACAUGAUAAUUUCUCACCAAAAAUCCCAUGCACUAUGGAUUUCAUUUGUUUCCUUUUGAAAUUAUUCUAACUUUGAUAUCUUGUGCUUUGUAUAUGCUUUUUACAUUAGUUUGGUCUUACCCCAACCCAAUUUUUUUUUUACACAUGCAUGCCAAGGUGUGUGUUAUUACCGCUGAUAUCUUGCUUUAAUUUGGUGGUUUAAUAUAAUUGCUAGUGGAGGGCAGGCCUUGGCGCAAUAGCAAGGUUGCUUCAUUGUGACCUAGAUGUUAUUGGUUCCAAAUAUGGAAACAGCCUCUUUGCACACGGGGGUAGACUGCGUACAUUUUACCCUCCUUAGAUCCUGCAGUGGCGGGAGCCUUAUACACUUGGAUGCUCUUUUUAUUAUAAUUGUUAGUGCAUAAAUAUAUGUCAUCAAUGAAAUUGUAAACUAAAAUGUUCCUAUUAACUUGGUUAUCUUUUCUACUAUAUGCAGUUGUGGGACUUGCACAUGGAAAGCUCUCCUAUUGCAAUUUUUAAGAUAAAUGAGUAUCUUCGCCCCAAGGUACUUCAAUUUCUUCUUCGCGGCUUGUAUGGUCAAGGUAAUAGAAGCUUGGGUUAUCUAGUCCAGUUGCUCUUUGUGGUUUCAGUGCCCUGCUCAAGCAGAAACGUGCUUGUGAUUGACAAUGUACUUUAUGGCUUCUCCAGCUAUCUGUGUUAUAUAAUCAUGAUGCUAUUUUCGACAAGUUUGAGUGCUGCAUUAGCAGGGAUGGACAUCACUUCGCAAGUGGAUCUUACAGCAAUAUUUUCAAAGUUUUCUCUCAUGAUGGUGGGCAAGAUGAUGGAAUUACAUUGGAAGCUAGCAGAAACCCAAACAGGGUAUCACAUUGUCGAACUGCCACAAGAACUGCAGGAUUGCUAGGCAGCUUUGCCUGUGGACUCAACCGAAGAGGACAUGACAAUACAGGUUCUGAUGCUAGUGAUGAGAUCCCUUGCAACUUGAAAUCCAAACUGAUCCAUUUGGCCUGGCAUCCUACAACAAGCUUAAUUGCCUGUGCUACUAAAUGUAGCUUAUACAUGUACUAUGCAUAGAUCAUUUCAUUUAUUUAUUUACUUAAUGUAUGCUGUGACAGUUGGGGGCAAAAAAGCACAGAGAUUCAAUGUCUAGUUA